AUUUUUUGUUGUUUGUAAUAACUGUUUUGUCGGCUGCAGAGUGAGUGAAUAACUACAAUCUUGUAAUUAUUUUGAAAGUUUAUGUGUUAUGUAACACAGAAUUCUUUACUAUAAAACUCACCAUGUCUCGUCAACUAAGUUCCGAUCUCAUUGGAGUUCUAAAAGGUUUGAGCCUUGUUCUUGGCAAUGCAGCAAAACUACAAGAAGCUCAAUGCCAACAAGUGUGGCAGAAUUCAAGCGUAAAAGCUGCAGCGGAAGAAAUGAAUGGUGUUCUCGGGACCAAGUUGAAAGAGGCUGUGACUCAGGCAAAUCCAGCACAGGUACAACAGCUGAUUAUAGAAGCAGCCCAACGUGCUUCAAUGGUGGCAGAAGGUAUAAAAGGAGUGGUUGUACAUUCAAACAAACCAAUCCUUGAUCAGUCUAACGGUGUGGAUAUUUCUGAACUUGAACUGGAGUUUGACAAAGAAACCAUGUUUGAAGAUGUUGAAAACUUAUUUAGAAAAGGAGAAAAAGAAGUUCAGUCUUUUGACACAGAAGUGAAAGUAAUAUCUGUCACGGCUCAAGGAAGAUACGGCUCAGUUAAGAAACCUUCAGAGCUCAAUAAUACCGCCAUUCCAAGUCUUGAAUCCACAAACUUCACACCUAACCUUAGGGAAUACAUUCAAAGAGAUUCUCUAAAAGCAGAAGAAAAAGAGACAAACAAGAUAGAAGGAAAACUAGUUAAUGAUUCAGGAGUAAAAUUAGUAUCUGAUAACAUAAGCACUACGAAAAUUAACAAAGAGACGAUAAAAAAUAUUGUAAAUAAUGAAGUUAAGUUCACAAGUGCUGCUACUGAGAAACUGACAGAAACGUCAACAACCCCCAUCCCGACCCCAGUUGCCAAGAAGGCUCCAAAAAAGAAACCGAGUUUGAGCGAAACUGCAAAGCAACGCAAGGUGCCUUCAACUCGUAUUGGUCGCAUGUUGUCAUUCGGCAGCCUUGCAGCAGGUCUGGGGGUUGGCACCAUUGCUGAGGUAACUCGUCGCUCUCUGGGGUUGGCAGACUCACCUUCCGUUGGCACGACACUCGAUAGUGCCUUCCUCUCGCCCGCUAAUGCCGAACGAAUAGUAGACACACUGUGUAAAGUUAGAGGAGCAGCAUUGAAGAUCGGGCAGAUUUUGAGCAUUCAAGACAACAACAUCAUCAGCCCGCAGCUCCAGAAAGCGUUUGAAAGGGUUCGUCAGUCAGCUGACUUUAUGCCCAGCUGGCAAGUUGAGAAAGUUCUGAGUCAAGAGUUUGGUCCGGACUGGCGAGGCAGGCUUGCGUCAUUUGAGAUUAAGCCGUUUGCAGCCGCAUCCAUUGGUCAAGUCCACUCGGCCGUGUUGUUGGAUGGUACAGAGGUCGCAAUGAAGAUACAAUACCCUGGCGUCGCCCAAGGCAUUGAGAGUGACAUUGACAAUCUUGUCGGCAUCAUGAAAGUGUGGAACAUGUUCCCAGAGGGAAUGUUUAUCGAUAACGUGAUGGAGGUAGCGAAGCGGGAACUGAGCUGGGAGGUGGACUACAAGAGAGAACUCGAGUGCACAAAGAUCUUCCAAGACCUACUGAAAGACUACCCUGAUUAUUACAUUCCUCGAGUCAUUGAUGAGUUCUGCACAGGCCAAGUUUUCACCUCUGAACUGAUAGAGGGAGUACCAGUAGACAAAUGUGUGGAUAUGGAUGAAGACACGAGGAAGCAUAUUUCUUUUCUUGUCAUGCAGCUGUGCCUACGAGAGUUGUUCCAAUUCCGCUACAUGCAAACAGAUCCGAACUGGUCCAACUUCUUUUACAAUCCCGAUACUAGACAGCUCAUCCUAUUGGACUUUGGUGCUUCACGGGCUUACAGCAAGGAAUUCAUGGAUCAGUACAUUGAGGUGAUCAAAGCAGCUGCUGACAACAAUAGGGAAAAGGUGCUUGAACUUUCAAGAGAAAUGGGCUUCCUCACCGGAUAUGAGUCAAAGGUGAUGGAAGAGGCACAUGUGAACGCCGUGAUGAUCCUGGCCGAAGUGUUUCUCCAAGAGUCGGGGGAGUUUGACUUUGGCGCACAGGACACAACAAAGCGCAUCCAACAGCUGGUCCCUACCAUCAUCACCCACCGACUGUGUCCUCCGCCCGAGGAGAUAUACUCUCUUCACCGCAAGCUGUCCGGGGUCUUCCUACUCUGUGCCAAGCUCAAAGUCAAGAUGAACUGCCGAGAUAUAUUCCUUGAUGUCUACAACAACUAUAAAACCUUGUAGUAAACUCGUAGCUUUCCCUUCUAGGUUGGAGGUCUAAUGUUGGAGGUUGAAGUUUUCUCGCACAGAUUGGCCGAUGUAACUGGUCUGAUCACAGCUUUUUUAGUAGUUUGUUAUUGAACGUUAAAAGUUGAACUCUGAGAGUUGAAAAAAAAUAUUCAUUUACCAGUUUAGUUUUGGAAACUUGAGAUAAUGUAAAUGAAUUGAGAAUUUAUCGUCAACCAUCAAGAAUUGAUUUUGGAGCUGACAACCGACAAGUGGCAAUAAUCAUUAAGCCUAAAAAACGAUUACAAAAAUUGAUUAGUUAAGGGUUCCUGAUUGUUUUAACAAGACAGUCUAAAACAAUAUUUGAAACAUCAAUCAAUCACCAUUUGUCCACUAUUUACUUUUAUUUUUUUAGUUCAUCAAACAGAUCUAAUUUAAUCCAACUUUAUUGUUGUAUGAAUUCCCUAUUAACCACUCUAUCAAAAGCUAAUAAAAUGUCCUUUCACACAAAUCCAACACCAAAGGAAUGAGUUAUUGAAGCUUUGUUUUUGUUUUAUUUCACACACAAAUCGUGAAACGAAUGAUUUUUUUUUGCCACUCAACUAUUGUUCUACCACUGUUUAAGAUUACAAACCACUUUCUGCGUUAGUUUAAAAAUAUAGCUAAGCCUAAAAAAUUAUUUACCUAAAAAAAUCGCUUUGAAUAAUUUUACUGUUCACAAGGAACUGUUAGUGUAAAUUUUGUAGAUAUUAACAAUUAGUAAAACUUGUAACACUCAGGUGUUUGUUAGAUAUAAUUUAUAUUGUAUAUACCACACAAAUAAAUAUUGUAUUAAUUA